ACUAUCACGUUCACCUGAAUGGUAUUUGCUUUUCAUCAUCAUGUUCACCUAGAUGGCGUUCAAGAUCUCAUUCGCCUACAUCCCAUUCACAAAGAGAGAGAGAACGUGCAGACAAAUGGUCGGCUAAUCAGUUUUGUAUUAGAUGAUGGACUGAAACCAAAUUUUGGAUUAUGCAACAGACACAAGACGAUUCCCUUAAAUAUCCUUGAAUGUGUUCCGGCACCACUAGUCCAAGAUGAAACUGUAGACGAAUCCAUCUUGGUUUCUAAUCCCGGCUUUUCAGAUUUUGGAUGCGUAAAUUUUGUUCUUGGAGUAUUUGGACGUGAAAAAUUUGAUAUGAUAGACCUAUUGGAUAUGAUGAACCACAUUUUAUCCUACAAUGAUAAUGUCCGUUACCUUCUUGAAUAUGGUGAACUUGAAGGCAGACCUAAAUGGAGAGAUACGGAUCUGAACUGGAGUCCUGAAGUUUACAAUAUUGGAGAAGUUCGUGUACAAAAAAUCAGCCAUUCCUUUAUAAGUUACUUGGUGGACCUGAGCGUAGAUUUGUUAGGGAAGAGCUCUUAUGGUGUUGAACUACCUCCUAAGAGCAUCCUUCUUCAGUAA